CUAUCAAAUUUGAUUUAUGCACUUUGAUUAUUUUAUUUUGAUAGAAAACGUAAUUGAAUAGCAGAUAUGACUAAUCUUUCUAUUUGGAUAUCUGAUUGUUCUUAUGGAACAAACGACAAGACAUAUCGCUUAAGUUGAUUUUAUUGAUCACGAUUCAAGGCAAUGUUCGUAGUUAUCUAUUCAGUCGCUCGCAGGUCCAUUGAGUUGUGUAUGCAAAUCUAUGUAACGCAUGCUACUCGCGUAUACAUAGUUACAUAUAAAUGCAAGUGUCUACAAAAGACUGUUUUGCGAUAAUAACGAGACGUUUUGACAAGUAGGCGGCACUUUUUCAUAGCAAAGCAAUAAGACUCGUCAACGGAAGUGUAAUGUUUUUACGCGUCUCUUUGUACCAAUUUAAGAUAAACGAAUAUACGAGAGGGGACAAUUUGCGUUGGCAAAUUGACCUAUCACUAAAGAAUGUUAUAAUGCAUGUGGUCCUAUAUAUUAUUUUAUUUAGAAGAUCUAAUGUUACGAACCAUUAUUGUGGAAAUAGAAACCGGUAAGUUAUCUGUAGUAUAUAUUUCAAGCAAUACCAGUUUCUUUAGUGUGUUAUCUCUCAACAAGGCAAAGAUAUUUUAGUCCAUCUUUCAUUUGAUCAUGUUGCAAUCUCUUCUUCCGAAUCACACGUACCGAUUUUCUGGCUCGUGAAGCGGUGAAACAUUGUCGCGUAAAAAAAGGAAAAAGAAUCGAUUCAAGUACGUAUAUCAACAAAAGGACGGUGGCCUUUCGUGUUCCUUUAUGUCGUCUAAAUGUUAAAUCGGUACAAGAGAAGAAGAGAAGAAACUGAUCGGUAGCAAGCCGGCUUUACGAACACGUCCGGGGGGCCCCGCGUAACCAGUUUGUGAUUGGUUAAGCUGUGUACCACGUGGCGACGUUGCGCGGGUGGGGAUUGGCCAGCACGGCCGCGCUCCGCGAGCGAAAGCAGCGAGUUUUGUUCUAGUAUUUACCCCGCGGUGUAAAGUUGGCUCUCGCGCUCUCCGGUGUCCUUAAGUCACGUUCCAUUGUUCGCGUCGCUCCUUCAAGUUUCUCUCACACCGUAGAGAAUCCCCAUUGUUCCUGGGCUUGUGCUUUUUAGUGGUUGAACGCCAUACGAAUUGUGCGCCAUGUUCGCGCCGCGAACAACACGCGAUUCACCGGUUACCGUAGCAAGUGAUACGUUUUUUUCGUAAACAAGUUGUGUGUGCGUUUAAAUCCCACUCUGGAUUUUACUGGCGGUGUGUAUGAUUACGUGUUCUUGCCGUUAGGAAGGCAAAAGUCUAGUGGUAGUAAACGACGAGGCGAGAGCACGCUGUGGGAUCGUGGAAUGCGCGCUGACAGAGAACGGAGACUCGGUAACCGGAAGGGUUGGAGGGCAGAGCAUGAGGGUCGGCGUGGAAACGCGGGAAGAAGAUUCACAGCUCGGCGAAGCGGUUAAUGACUGGCGGUCACCAAACACAGUUGGACACGUCUCCACCGGUUGGAGAUGAGCACGAAGGAAGCGAUCACCACGAUGACGACCACCGUUUCUUCAACGGGGGCGACGCUCGCGUCGUCGCCGAAGCUCGACGUCGAGGCAGAGGACGACGAGGAGGAGCCAUCGACCACGUUCGACGCGUUGGAUAUGGAUCUGGUGAACGGACCGAAUCCGUGGCUUCCGGCCUAUGGCUUCCAGCUGCAGCAUCGUUCCCAUUUUCAACCUACGCACGAGGAUCUACGGACUAAUGAUACGGUGCUGGUGCAGCAAGUGGAUUUUCUGGAGACCAUUUUAGAAGAAACGUCCGACGAUCUGCAAAGCGAUUCCGAUCGAAGUGGAACCACUUACUGGGUCGGCUCGGACUCCGAAACUGAAAGCGUGAUACACAUACGAGCGAAUAGAUUAGCUGACGAAAGGCUGGACGGGAGCGGGAGCGAGUGCAAUUCGGGGGCGGCGAGGAAGAAGAGGCGAAGGGGCGGCAAGUACAACGGCGGCAACGAGCGGGAGCAGCAGCGGGAGCACCAGGCGGUGUUCGACGAUUAUCCGGCUUCGCCGAGAUCGUCGAGAUCGUCCGCCUCCUCGAGAUCGAGCUCCCUUCUUCAAUUCGAGUCGUUGGAGAGGACCUGCGCCACCCUCUCGCCCUCUAGCUACAGCUUCGACUCGUUGGAGUAUCCGAACCGGUCGAACGCCUCCCAUCCCGGGAACACGUCUCCGGAUAGCCUCGAACAGGACUACGACAAGGCUCUGCCAAAUGGUUUUGGAAACGUGGACCACUUUUCCAGAAUCAGGCCUUACCGUAGCUUCGAGAGUCUGGACACGUGUCAGAAGGAGGAGGAGGAGUUCGGCCACGGUUGCCUCACCAAUGGCUUCACGCCUUUGUACCUGAAACGAAACGCGGAGCUGUCCAGGACACGCAGCAACGGCUACCACCGCCCCUCAAGGGAUUUUUGGCACGAGGACGACGAAUACGAGGACAACGACGACGACGAAGACGACGAAGUGGAGGAGGACCUCGAGGAGCGUUGCGCUCCUCGCGCGUCGAAGGACAAUCGGCCAGGCACGGUCGAGCUCGAGGACCGACUGAUGGUGUUCGGGGAUUGCAACUACGCCACGUCCCUGGAUUACAGGAACACGAUCGACCUUCGAGAGAUCGGCGUCGAGUCGAAGAGGGACGCCCUGUUGGAUCUGAAGUCGGGCCAGGCUGGCGUGUCGAGUUCGUUCCGUCUGUUGCAGACCAGGUUAAAUAUAGCGGGCAAUAUGGCGCACGUACGCAACAACAUGGUCGCCGAUCAUUAUCAUCAUCAUCAUCAUCAUCACCACCAUCAUCUUCCUCUUCAUCAUCAUCAUCAUCAUUACCAGACCCAGCACAACCAGCACGAGCAGCAGCAGUUGCACGGUUACGAGCAGCACGAGCAGCAGCACCAGCGUCAAGGGUGGAGCAACGAGGACUGUUUUAAUUUUAGAUUCACGGAUAAAUCUCAAAGCGCGCCCAGUCUCCUAACCACCGUCGACGAGUCUGCACGCGUGCCAUCGUCACGCUCCUUCUUCCCCACCUCGAACCACUUCGCCACAAUUUCCUCGAAUCUGUUCGAGAAUUACACGAGGGUAGCCAGCGUCCCCGUUGAUUUGAACCUGUGCGGCGUCGAGGCGACGCGAGACGAUGAUACGUCCUCUCCAGUGAGCGAUACUUCGAGUGUUCCACGCGAGCCCGACGAAAUGGCGGAAGUGAGCAGUAGCGACAGCGGCGUGCAGAGCGGCGAGAAGAGGCAAUCGAGGAAGAGUUUGGAAGAAGAGGAGGAGGAGGCGAAGAGGAAGAAAUGUUCGAGCUCGGUGAGGACCCAACAGGGAUCGUCGUACAACGCGAUCCUGGACGGGAGGAUGGUCGAGGAGGAGUGCGUGGGAGGGGAGCAUUGCUCGAGGAAACGUGUCACUUCGACGGUGAAAACUCAGGAUCGUGCGUUGGACGGUAUGGGGGCGAUCGAGCAGUUGAAACGCUCGCAAUUCGAGGAGGGUAGCUCGAACGGUAACGCGGCGAGCGACGGUAUCGACGGAGGGCCGACGGUUGAGAGAACGCCGUCCGGAAAGCAACGGCCAUGGAAGGUGAAGAACAACGCGAGCUACGAGCUGGCCCAGCAGUUCGAGAUAGACGAGAGGAAUUUUCGGUCGGGCAAGUGGCGGAGGGAAAUCGGGAACGAGGGUGAGAAAGCGGGGGGGAGAAGCGUGGGGCGUAAACGUAAAGUGUUGAACAACGCGAGUUACGAGCUUGCCCAACAGUGCGACUACAUCAAAGCUCUCCAAUCGUGCAGAGGUGCUUUCCAACGGAUGGACGCGUGCGACGAGCUCGAGGAGCCGAUACUCGCCGGCAAAUCGUCGCUCAGGCUCAGGGCCUCGGACAUGGUGCAACAGAUGAGCAGCAGCUCCACGUCCAAUCUGACCGCGGCUUAUCGCAACGAGGAACGCUCGUCGUACAUGGACACGAGGCCGUAUUCCAAAUCGACGGAGAAUAUCUCGACUCAAUUCUCGACGGCCCCGUUCACCAGGAUCCCGAUCAACGAGCUUGGCCAACGGCUUCUCGGGGAGAGGCAGAAGGAGAAGGAGGUAGAGGAGGAGGAGGAGGAGGAGGAGGGGACGCUUUUGAGCCAGAUAAAAAAAAACUCGGAUCCAUUUUCAAUCUAUGGAGACGAUCCUAGUGCCCGUGCCCUAGUAGACGACGAGGUAGAUUUACCCUGCUUGGAGACCAAACCCAUAAUAGGAACUUCCAGCGUGGAGGGGAGCGCGUCGCAGGCCGAGGGAACGAGCUCAAACGAGACGAUUCCUUACCGAUCAUUCUCAACCCUGGAACGCGUUUGUUCGAACGCUUGUAACGAGGCCGCGGUUUCGAGUGCGGUUUCCAAGGACUGCUACACCACCAUCACCGACACCACCGACGCCGAACGCGACGCGGUGACGGUUGUCGAGGCGAGCAGUUGUUCGAAGAGAUCGUUCAUCGGUGAUUUCUAUCCGGAAAAAAUCGUGCGGUUGCAGCAACGGGAGGGCCAACGGGAGAAGGAGAAAGAGGAGGAGGAGGAGGAGGAGGAGGAUCAUCGACCGAUCGACGAUCCGAGUAGCGAGGAUAAAAACGAGAGUCCUUCGACGUUACCUACCACUGUCCUAUCGUCGUCGGCUUGCAACGGUAGGAACGGUAGUGGAGAAUUGCUGUGGAGGGUCAUAGUGGAAAAGCAGGAGAAGGAGGCUACCGUGGAGAAGGUUACGAAGAGGGAAGAGGAAAACGAGGAGGAGAAGAAGAGGAAGAAGAGAGAGCGAGAGAGGGAGAAGGAGGGAGCGGAAGAAGCGAGGGGACACGAGCAGCAGCACGGUGUCCACGGUGUUGGCGUUGGCCCCCCACCAGGCGGUAGCAGCAACAGCGACGGCCUGGAACCCGAUGGUGAACGGAGUGGGAAUCCAGCGGUGGCCGUGGCAGUUGAUACGAAUCAUCGCGGUGAUCGCGACAAACGUCACGAGGAGAACGCGGCGGCAACAACUGCGCCGGUUAGGGUAAACGACAACGACGACGACAACGAGGAGGAGGGCCACGCGGCGACUGUUAUGUCGGCCACCACGACCACCACCACCACCGCAACCACCACCAACGCGAAACCGCGGCUGUUCGUCACGCCGGCAUCACCCGUCAUCGUUGGGCCAACCAUCGGGAACAACGACACGUCCGCGGCAAGAUUUCAACGAAACAUGGUCGUCGACGCGUCGUCCGCGACCACCGUGAAGGAGGAGAGGAAAAAGGGUGGAUUGGGUGGAUUUCUUCAACGUUUCUCGAGGCUACGGUUCAGUGGUAGAUCGAAAGUGCCGCGGUCCGAGGUGCAAAAAAAGAGUGAUACGAUCGGCCAAGUGAAUCGCGCGAAGGUGACCGGCGAGGAGAAGGUUAAGAAGGAGCCGGAUUAUAUCAUCAUUCCGUUACAUCCUCCGGAGGAGGAGAGGCAAAAGCAGGAUCAACAACAACAACAACAGAACGUUGUUGCCGAGAGUAGAGCCGAGGACACCGGGAAUGGCAGAACUGUCGCCGACGUUCAACGAAGUACCUCCAAUAUUAGCGCGAACGGGAGGGCGCCAGUGUCCAGCAAGCCGCCCCUGCCGCCUCAACCGCCCCGCUUCGGGGCGCUGGGCUCGAGAGCGUCGACGGGCGCGUCGGCGGCGACGGCGGCGGCGUGUUCGUCGCGCCGACGCGCGGCCACGGACCUUGGAAAUCCGGCGGCCAUCGAGAUGGCGAAAGCCCGCACGAUGCAGGCCGCCCAGGAGCGCCCGGUCGGCCUGCUCGAGACCGACCUCGACGAGGCCGUCGUGCCGUCGACCACGACCCCGAACGCCGCCUCCACCGGCAAAAAGACCAGGAGCCUGCUCAAUCUGAAUCACACCUCGACCGCCCCGCGGCCCAGGCCCGAGCACGCCCUCCACGUACCCCAGUCGCCUGUCGCCGCUUCGCACAGGAGCCCCCGCGACAAAGACGCCGCCUCCACCAUCAACCAACGGCCACACAAAUCCAUGGAGUUCCUCCUUGACAAGGAGAACCUGCAUUUCGUCAAGCCGCCGGAGAACGAGUUGCAGAAAGUCGGCGAACGUGUGCCAAGCGAGCACGAGCUCAGAGUGCAAAGGUCUCUGCAACGACUGAACGUCCCAGAUUGGUACAAGAAUUCUCCCGCUGCUCGCGAUGGUUUCCGGUUAAAGAGGCACUCAGAUGCGUCUCAGCACGGAGGAUGGCGUGCUCUUGGCUCGAAAACCACUUCCCUCUCGUCCCUUUCAUCGUCUUCCAAUAGACAGCCGACUACAGGUGCCCUUCUAAGUCCAAGUCCCACGCCACCUGUAUUCUCAAGAUGGAGUACCAGUCUGCUGAACAGCGCCGGAAGUUCGCCAGCGAGUUCAGCGAGGUCGUCGUUCAACCAUCGACAGCCAUACUUGGGCUGGCGUUCCCAGGAACGACUAACGAACCCGCGAACACCGGCAGAACGUCUUGCUCAGGGUAUUCUUCCCCAGUUGCAAGCAGCCAACAAGCAGCAACAACAACAGCAGCAACAGCAGACAACGAAUCAGCAGCUAGAGGUAAGGAACUCGAUAAAGGAGGUAACCUCGGCCAUUGUGCACUACGUGCAAAGCGGUCAGGAGGUUGGUGGAGGUGGCAGGCUGUCGCCUCGACCUCGACCUGAAGACUGGGACGACAGGGGCGGAGCAAGGUCGACCAGCCCCAGAGGGAGCGUGAAGCUGUGUUGGAUGGAGAGCUCGUUCGUUGGCACGAGACCCGUGGAUUCGCCGGAGACACCGAUGAGUUUGGCCACGGAGACCGACUGCUGCCCGGGAUGCAACGCGACCGCUACCGAGACGUGCAGCUGCGUCGAUUCCGCGACAUCCGGCCUCUUCUUGGAUUUGACACCGACGCACGACGAUGCCCAACAACACCAACAACAACAGCAAAUAGGUGGCGGCGGUAGCCUAUGCCCAUCACCGUCCUCGUCACUCAAUUAUCACCACCAUCAUCAUCAUCAUCACCGUCAGCUUCACCAUCAACAACAAUCUCAGCAGCAACAGCGCCAUCACCGCGGAUCGGGCCAGAGCGAUACGGACGAGGCGAUGGCGACGGCAGCUCUUCUGCGGAACAAACCGAGCCCGGGUUCCACGACCCUGGAGGACGUCCUUGACUCCCUCCUUGGCCUGCCAUCCGCGUCGCGUACCCCGAGUCCUGGGCCAGGUCCCGUCGUAACCGGUACAUCCACCACCAUACGCCAUCGAACUAACGUCGGCCAGGCUAAUGCGAAAGCCGGGAAGAGCUGCAGCGACCUACGCCAAGACCUCCAAGAGUCCGCUAAGAGCGUGGUGGACGCGCAAGGAACUUCGGAGGAGCGUGCCUCGUAUUACAUGGACGAGGUUGUGCGGCGGAAAAGCGAAGGCAGCGACAGCACGCCGUUGAAAGCAGCGAGUGCGCAAUCGAGAGGAGGCGGGCCCCCGUUCACGCAUCGAAGAGUGUCGUUCGACAACAAUCAAGAGGCGAACGGAUUGGUCGGCUGCAACGCAGGAGAGAAGGUGAUUCGUUGCCGGAACAACAAGUGCGGCAAUACGGCAACACUGGCCGAGGCUAAGAAGACGUACAAAAGUUGUCACAACUGCACCUGCCUCUACUGUUCGAGAGAGUGCAGAAGGGCGCACUGGCAACGCCACAGGAGGACCUGUUUGCACUCCCGUGCCGGGAGCCUGUGCAAGCAGGUGUUGUCCUCGGCGAAGGAGGAUCCCGUCACUCUUAAGCACAUCUCUGCGUUGGCGAAACGUGGCCACGCGUUCCACGGCCGCGGCGCCGUCAAGUGUUUCUUCUCGAGCCCCGAGGCGGCUGAGAAAUUCGUUGCGAACGGUUUCGUGGACCUGGGCGAGCCCACGUACGUCCGUUGGUCCGAUCUGUUGGCGAGAGAGAUGGGGGCGGAGUUGUACGCCGAGGUGAUCAGACUUUGCAAAUCGUACAACCCUGACACGAGGCUCGUGCUGUACGUGGCCGUUUGCGUGGUGAGCGAGGUGCCCACGAGCGGGGCCGUGAAGUGGGAACGGCAGUUGGUGUCCAGAUGCGCCAAGAUACACCUGGACACGGCCAACCGGCACCACACGUCCUCGUCGUCCGCCUCGCCGCAGGGUAGGCAACAGUCCACGUCCCCCACGUGCAACAUCACCAGGGAGAUGGAGUCGCCGGAAAUGUUGGUGCUCACCUCGCUUCCGGGUAACAACGGGCAGAACACGCCGAAACGGAUCAGGGAGAUCAGCUUCAGCAACAUCCAGAGGCAAUUGAAAUUGAGGGGCGUCUCGCUUAGGAGGCAUUUCCCCCAAGUUUACAGGAAGCUCCGCGCCUACGUGGACGGCACCGUGGACAAAUUCGCCCCGGUCACCAUCUAUCCGAGAGACCAGGCGUCCGGCAAGAGUUUCAUGUGCAUCAUCAUGCUCGGCGUAGAGCCUGAGCGGCUUCAGCUGCUUCCCACGGAUUCGUCUAGGGUUAGGACCGUUGACAUCAGCGUGGAGGAGGAAUGAAGUAGAGGCUCUUAAAGUCUUUAAUCGCUUAAACUCGGUUUUUUUUACUGAAUUAGUAAAGAAUAAUCUAAUCUGCAGGCUAUGAUAGGCGCAAAAUGAUGAGAUUGCUGUUUUUUUCCUGGAUGAGAAAGGAAGAAAGGAAGGUUGCGAAACUGUGAGCGAAACAGCUGAAGGAAGCUUUUUAGAAUUUGAUAGGGAAGUAAAUGAUGUAAGGAAAGAGAAGAGACCGGUUAGGGUGGUCUUUCAGAAGGAAAUGAUUGUCGAGGUGGUUGAUCAUGUCCCAAUUCGACAGCUCGUGUGUGGAGCAACGAACAAAAUACUAUAGACAAAUUAGACUGUACGUUGCCAAACACUAAUCGCCUUGAUUCGGUUCUCGAUAUAGAUCUAAUUGUGUAUUUAUAGUUUAUGAUAAAAAUUUGUCAGGUACGCGUUAGAAUCGUUGGAAAUGUUAGUUUGCGUGUCGUUUCGACGUUUCAAGUGAACAUCGUGAUUUAAGUACAAUGUUCGGAAUGAAUUAUCGUCGAUCGACAAGCAUUAAUUUUUAUGGACAUUUAACGACCGUGUUUUUCCUAAUCUAACGUAACUGUAUCGAUUUUUAUGUUCACGAUUCUUGUUCGUGAAUUUUUAGGUAUCUCUCUCUCUCUCUCUCUCUCUCUAAUUGCUUAAAAGAUAGAUUAAAAAAGAAAUAUAAAAAAAUCUCCUCGAUUCGGUUGUUACUCUUUCAAAUGUUUAUUAACUUAAUAUCGAUCGUCGAACGAAUCAAUGAGCAAACUUUCAUAGACGGUUCCUAUCUUAUCGGUAUCAAAUUAUUGAGUCAUUUUAGAAAAUUCAAAAUUUUUUUUCUUCGUCAAGAUUCUACAAAAAAGUGUAUGGAAAAUUUAAAUUGUAUUUGCAGUUUAUUAUAUGUCUGCAAUCUUUUGAUUUUUUUUUUCUUCUAAAAUUUAUAUCAAGUAAUUGCUGAUUUGAUUAAAUAAAAGAAGAACUUGUUCAAACGCUCCACGUUCGACACGUCGUUUUUGAAAUAAUAUGGAGAAAUAUCUUGUUGUCCUCCCUUUCGUUCGAUUUAACGUAGUUAUGGUUGUAUUUUUUGAAUUUUAUCGUAUAUAUUAUAUAUAAAGAUUAAAUUUCUGCGAUGCCCUCAGACUGUCUCGAUCAUAUUUCGAAAUGGAAUUUUUUCGAACGUGUCAUCUCGAGUCAGCCUGAACGUGUCGAUAACAAAAAAAAAAAAAAAAAAAAGAAA